UGGAGGACAGCAAAGAACCCACACGAACAACACAAACAACACAAACAACACAGCACAACGCCAUGCCUGACCAGGAGCGAGUGCCACUUGUGGCGCCGGCAACGCACAGCUACAACGACGACGACGACGAUGGCGAUGGCGACAAGGGCGCAUGCUGUUCAAUGUGCACACGACGGCGACUGCUACUGGGGUGGUUUGUGAUGUGCGUUGCGCUCGUGGCCGCCACCGUGGUUGCGGUGCAGCAAGGACGGCAUGCGUCCGCAGUGGAGGAACGCACGGCUUUCUACGCCUGCGGCGUCGUGGAUGAGGCACUGGACCCCGUCCACGUGCCGCAAGAGCUGUAUCCAGAAGUGAAAGCGCGUGUGGAGGACGUGCUACCUCAGUGGUUCAACGGCACAGAAGCGCUGCUGUUCCUGCAGGGCGGAGAUGUUCAACUGCACUUCUUCGCAGAUACAGAGCGCACGUUCUGGCAGGAGAGCAACUUCCGCUACCUGAGCGGCGGGUACGAGCGACCGGGCGGCGCAUGGCUCCUGUGCUCAGCUGCGCUGAAUGAUACAGUGCCAUGGCACCCGCCACCAUCGCAACUGAGGCAGCACAGCCUGACUUGCCACCUGUUUGUGGACAAGCCGACCCUUGCCGAUGCCAUCUGGAAUGGCAAGGCGCUCACGCUGGAGCAGCUGCGCGCCAUGUACACCAUCGACCACAUCCACUGGAAGGAUGACUUUGCCACCGUUGUAUCACCGGUGCUUGCAGCGCUCAACGUGUCGGAGGUCGACACCAUGCCGGCGUCGCCGCAGCUGGCGGACGCGCUGCCAGCACCCCUGGACACGCUCACACGCAACAGGACACGGCUGCGGGACGUAUUGGGCGAGGCGCGUGGCGUGAAGACGCCGACAGAACUGCGGUUGAUGCGUGCAGCCGCUGCUGUGGGCAGCGCCGCACACAACUACAUCCUGCGCAGCGCACGCAAGAGUGAGGCAGAGUACCAAGUGGAGGCUGCGUUUGUGGCGGUGAACACGGCGUGCGGCCUGCAGCAGCAGUCAUAUCUGCCCAUCGUUGCCUCUGGCCCACGAGCGGGCACGCUCCACUACAACACCAACAUGCAGCCGCUGGAGGCCGACUGGCUGCUGGUGGAUGCGGGCGCGACGGUACAUGGCUACGGCACCGACAUCACGCGCACGUGGGCACUGAGCGGCCACUUCUCCUCGCUGCAGCGCCAGGCUUACGAAGUUGUGCUGGGCGCGCAGCUCGCAGGCAUUGCCGCAUAUCGGGCGGGGAACACGUGGGUGAAUGCCACGCGAGAGGCAGAGCACGCGCUCUUGCGCGGGCUGUUGGAGACGCAGCUCGUCGUCAAUGCAACCUUCGAUGCGCUGGCGGAGACCAACAUCACGCGCGUGUUCAUGCCGCACUCCCUCGGACACCACAUUGGGCUGGACGUCCACGAUUAUGUGCCUGGCGGGCUUGGCAGGUGCCGGCCGAGCGAAGACCCGCUUGAGCCCAUCGAGUGCCCGGGCACGCUUGAGGUGGGCAUGGUGGUGACGUGCGAGCCUGGGCUGUACUUCAUACCGCAGCUGCUGCAGGAAUCGUAUGCCACACCCUCGCUCGCGCCCUUCCUCAACAAAGCGGCGAUCGACGCGUUCAUAUCCGCUGGUGUGGGCGGCGUGCGCAUUGAGGACGUUGUUGUCAUUACGCAAGAUGCACCGGACGUCAUUUCCAGCGGCAUCCCAAAGACCAUCAAGCAGAUUCAGCACCACGUGCUCAGCUGA